AUGACUGACGCGCCCGCUCCUCGCAAGAGAGGCCGGCCACGAGCUGAGACGGACAAUCAGCAAGGUCCCGAGAGACGUCGAAAGCAGCUUCGCGUCGCGCAGCAAGUAUAUCGCAAGAGAAAAGAUACCACGAUCGUCAAUCUGCAAUCUCGCGUACAGGAACUCGAGUCGGGCAUCGAAGAGCUCAGCGUGUCGUUCCUUUCCUUUAGUGAUCUUCUGUUAGAGGCUGGGAUUCUCCAAAAUCAGCCUCGUGUCACAGCUGCUCUGCAAAAAAUUACACAGCAAUGCGUGUCGCUUGCCAAAAGUGGCUGCGACGAGGCCGAACAAGUACCUGCAGCCCCGGCGGACCUAUCGGGAUCGACGUCUCCCACGCUCAGCGAUACACAGGCUAUAAUCUCAAAUCACAAUCCGCUCACAACGCAACUUGAUUCGUGGCCAAUAAUCGGUGACGCUUUCCAGUCUUCGUCGGACCUCGCGGCUCAAUGGCCUGGAUUUUCACAACUACCCCCCACGCCACCCUUCCAAGAACAAGCAAUUCUACCGUUCGGAAUAGUCUCGUCGUCUCCGGAUAUCCACUUCUCAUCCAGCCCUAGUCCCACCUUGAAUUUCCCGACCAUAGCAUUGCCCGACAGCCUCUUAAAUCAAGGGCGCUGGACGCUCUCUCACCGUCUGGUCCGACAAUGCUGUGAGACUGGUUACCAUCUAUUAACGAGAUCAUCUGCAGACGAUCCGAGGGUUAAAGCAAUCUUCGGCAAACGAUUGACCAUCGACGAGCGCGACCGCUUCAUCUUCGGAUUCUUCGCCAACAUGCACGACGAAAUGGGAGACACAGUCGAGUUGAGUACAAAAGUUCUCAGUUCAAGGAAGAGCAGCUACUCUCCUGAACAACUCACCGUUUCCUCUCGAACGUGGCAAAUUGUCAAUGAAUCGGGUGCUGACGAGUGGAUGGAUGCGAGUGGUGUGCAAAGGCUGCUAGAGCAUCGAGGGAUUCGUAUCCAGGACCCGAGUUCGCCCCUCUCCAGUCCCCGAUUCAAUUCCGCUCCGCUCAAUUCGGCUCCGCAGCUCAACGCAGCGAGCUUCACUAAAUAUCUUUCCUUCGGCCCUAUCUGUCUCGGUCGCGGACCAGCGUUCCGAAAGCGCGAUGUUGAGAAAGCCAUUCGCCUUGCAACUCUUGGUGGAUGA